CGAAGAUAAAUUUCGUAUCUCCGCGCGCCCAUGUAAUAUCCUCUAUUUAUCAUCAUAAUUGUUGUAGUACUCCCUUUCAAAUCCGCUCGUGUCAUUAAAGAACUGAAAGCGCAUAUUAAAAUUCCGCCCUUUUGUACACAACCCUAACUUGCCUCUUCAAGUCGCCAAUAUUUCGACAAAUGACUGUUCUCUCCACUCUCUAAUGAUAGCAGGAAAUACGUCAGUGCGUCUCAGCUGGAAAUAAGGCACUCAUCAGGGAAGGAAUUCUUUCACGAGAUGAAUAUGAAAAGAAGGCCCCCCUAGUAGGCCUAGAGAGGCUUCCGGAUGGAAUCAAACUUCAAGUUAUUAAAUUGAAUAUUUUGAUUUCGGCAAAAAAUAUAAGAAGAAAAUAAUUUGCAUGAGUGUUUACAAACAAUAGACUUAUCUAGAAGGAUUUCAGUGACCUACGAAAUUAUGUCAUUCGUAUAAAUAUUGUUAAUGUUUCCCUUGAGCAGAGAGUGGUUAGUUUAUGGGUCCCCUGUGGGGUAUAAGAGAAAGGGACUGGGGUGAGCUUACUAAUAUUCUGCUUGACUACCAACAUGGCGUCCAAUAUUACUACGUGAAAACAGAACUACCGCACGGAAAUAAAAAGAAUUUAGAAACAUUUUAAAAAAACUUUCAUUGUGAAAUACAAUAUUUUUUGAAAUUUAUAAUUUUGGCUACACCGGAUUUUUUUGAGCGUGAAAAAAUAGAAAAAUGAGAAGAGUAAGUCAAAAAGCAUUAUAAACGUCGAAGAUCGAAGACAGCUAGUUUCCAUCUUGGCUAAAAAUAUGUGAAAUUUGUCGAUUAAGAAGCCGUUUUUAACUUUAAUUAGUUUAACUGAGAUCUUGGAGGGGUUAUGAUGUCCAAACAUAAUUUUCAAACCAGAAGUGGGGUACUGGAAAAAUGGUCCAAAGUGUUUGAGAGAAGCCAACCACCAUCAUUACCAAGGAGUUUACCAUACAGGGAGACAGUUACCAGAACAGACCUGGAGUUAGAAGAUGUUUUUGAAGAAGUCAGUGAAGAAGUUAAUUCUAAAGCAUCUAAACAAAUUACCAGUAUGAAAUCUUCCCAAGAAAACAGCUUGAUACCUUUGAAUAGAAGAAGGAGUAGAGAACUUGUGAGACCCAAGACCCCUGGUAGAUUGGGUCUUUACCAAGAAUCUGCCCUUCCAAGUAAGAAACCACCUUGGCAGUCAUCAACAAAAGUUGAAAGACGACAAAGUGCACAAUAUAAACACAACAGCUCUCAAAAUGGUCAAGCACAAUAUGAGUCUUCAAACUUUGAAGCCACUACAAACAGACCUCCAAUCACAGUCAAAGAUGCUAACUCUCCUAAACCUCUGAUUGAAAGAACUCCAUUCAAUGCAUCUGACCCACCACCUAUGGAGCAUACAAAGUCUUCUAGAUCUGGCACACUUGCAAGAUCUGGCACACCCACAAGAUCUGGGACACCUGCAAGAUCUGGGACACCCAUAAGAUCUGGGACACCCGCAAGACCUGGCACACCCACAAGAUCUGGCACACCUGCAAGAACUGGUACACCUAGAUCUGUCACACUUAAGAAACCAGCUUCAGCAAGAUCUGUAACUGCAGUAAUUCCUGUAAAGCAUGUUUCUGGAGGAGAACCUAUAUCACAAAGAACUGCCAGGGAACUGAGAGAAGUGCUCUUUGGGUCAGCAUUGACGUCUUUUAAUACAGACUGGAGGAGUCAGCAUAUCAACUUUUUGGGAAAUUCAUCUUAUGGCCUUAGUUUUUACAAGCCAGGGCCAUGUGGGUUGAUGGCAUGCAUUCAAGCAUUUCUGAUGAAGUACUUAUUAUUCUACCAGAACACAAAUGACUUGAAGGGAAGUGUAUUGGACCCCUUGCCGUCAGAACGUCAGCAAGCUCUUGUAUCUGCCAUAGCCAGGAUGAUAUGGCAGGCUGGUUAUGAAUCUAAUGGUGUAGUUGCAUUACCAUGUGGGACAUGUAAUUGGAGGAUGACUAAAGAAUAUAGAGAGGAUGAUUUGACCGAAAAUCUUGUGAUCUUUAGAUUUAAUAACCUCACUGAAUUAGAAAGGUUUAUCAAGAGAAAUCUUUCAUUUUUUGAAAAUACCAGUGGAAAUGGCUGUAUUAUCUUCUUGUACUCUGUCAUAUUAUCACGCACAAUCAAAGGAAUUUACACUGACUUGGGAAGCUUUGAUUCAAUCUUAAUGGAAAACAACGAAACCUGCUCUCAGAGCAUGUUAAAUCUGCUGUUAACAGGGCGUGCAGUCAGUCAUUUGUUUAAUGGUGAUGUUGAGUAUGAUAAGAGGGGCAAUGCAUUGCCUGUCCCACUAAAAGGAAUCAAAACAAGAAGUGACAUAGGGUAUUUGACUUUAAAGGAACACCUUAAACCUAAGGAAAUUCAGGUUGGUAGUAUGCUGAAAACACCAAAGUAUCCGAUCUGGGUUGUUGACAGUACAGGUGGUCGUUAUGGGGUUAUCUUUUGUUUAAACAGUGAACUUGUUAAUGAUUGGAAGCUUGAGAGACUAUUCAAAUUGAACUUUUACAAUGGGACAAGCAAAUAUAGCUCUUCUUGUGAUGAGAUCGUAACUGUUGAUACCCGAGACGUUGUAGACGAAUCUGACAUAACUGAGGAUACUCAUCCCGUUGAACAUAUAAUUAGGACCAAGUGGCCUGGUGCAGUCAUAGAGUGGGACUGAAUAAUGCGAAACCUGGUGCACAGCAGUAGACGAUUUUGAAAGUCAAUAAAUUAACUGUGCAGAAUAAUUUAUUAAUUUCUUCACUGCCAAACCUUUUUUCAGAAUGGAAAUUAGGGAUAGGUAGAUUUGUUUGAAGAAAUAUAUGAUAAAAGGGAUAUAUUUUCGUAAUAUUCGUAUUUUUGCCAUAUUCUCGUCAGACCUUUUUUGAACUAAGAGUGGUAUAUAUAUUUUUUAUUUAUUGUGUAUUUAUUUAUAAAGAUAAAAUGUAAUAUAUAUAUAUUUAAAAGCAGAACUAGUUAACUUUUAACUGCACUGUAAAUAGUCACAUAUCGAAAUGCUGCUCUUGUCGCACUUAACACGAGAUGUCAACUAAAGAUAAGUUUAAGUUUUGAAGAAAUUUAAUUGUUUAAAUGUAAUUUUUGAAAUUCACGGAGAAUAAAAACGUGUUUAUACUUAAUUCAAUAAAAUCCUCAAGUGUACA